UCAUAUAUUCACCCCCUCUACAUUUAUGCCAAGUUUCAUUAAAAUCAAAAUUUUCGGGUUCGCGAGGUUCCCUUGUUAGAUUAGAAUAUUUAAAAUUUUGUAAUUAUGUCAGAAUGUCAACAAGGCAACUGGAAAAUUUGUUAGUUUUAAUUGGCCAUGAUAUUAAUGAACAAAGUUAUAUUAGAGAAGGUAUUAGUGUUUUUGAACGUCUUCUUUUGACUUUAAGAUUUCUUGCUUCUGGAGAUUCCAUCUCCUCAAUGUCUUACCAAUAUUUAGUUGGUGUUACAACUGCUGCAAAUAUUAUUUCUGAAAUCUGUCAAGCUUUAUGGGAUAAUUUGUUGCCAAUUGUUAUGACAAUGGAAUUGAGUUAUGAAAAUUGGUAUAAAAUUUCUGAAUGUUUUUCAAAUAAAUGGAAUAUUCCUUAUUACGUAGGUGCCAUUGACGGUAAACAUAUUAUUAUCCAAAUAAGUAAUUUAUAUAGUUUGUAACCGUGCUCGCGAGCGAUGGCCAACUUUGCCUCCGUCCCUGGUCGCGGCCCUAAGCCGCCCGAGCGUUGGGGCGACCGUUUCUCGUAAAGUUUUCUACAAAAAUAUUCGGUUGGACGCCAGGUACGUUAAGCGUACCACUCUUCUCGUAAUUUGCGGGAGAUUACGCUCAAAUUAACUAAGUCGCGAAAAGAAUAAUCUUCGUAAGCGACCGGAGCGUUAGCGGCUCCGAUAGCCAGUUACUCAGCCCUAAAAUGGCAGAAGGGGGGGGGAGAUUUGGCGCGGGCGGAUGGAAUCGGGAAGGCGAGAGAACUAUUGAUACAACGUAAAUUUAACAAUAAAAUUAACAAAUGUAUUUGACAACAGGUGAUAUAAACUGACAAGGCUUCGUUGAGCGGCAAUGGUAAUUCGCGCGUGGCACAAACGGAUGACCGCUCGGAAUUAAAUUUGACAAACACGGGACAGAUCUGAAACGAGUUAUUUUGCGUACGCGGGAAUUCUCCGACUUGUCUACGCUUUAUCCUGCGCCGUUAGUGGACGCCAAACUCCCAAUAGGAUAACAGUGUCGCCACGGGCGAUCGGGACGAACAGUAACUCCGAGCCCGCGUGACAUGCGACGGACUCGUACUCUUCCACACGUUACAAGAUCUUGCGAAUGAUAUGCGCGAUAAUUCUUAUGAGCUAGCCAACGAGGGGGUACCAAGACAAUGAAAGGAAGUCGGACGAAAGCGCAAUUAACUGAGAUUCGCGAUACCGAUGCGACAAAUUAAAUCAAUAUUUUACUAACAAUAAAUUAUAAAUGCGCGACAAUUCACAGCGCGGUUAAUAACUCGCGACACGACUACAGGACGAAAUUACAAUUGACUCGGCUGCGGAUCGAGACGCAUACGCAACGUAAUCGUAAUACGAAACGAUAAUCCAAUAAAUUCGUGACUCUAAUCGAAUGACUACAAGAUCGUAAUACUCUCGUGACUCUUUCGCAAGUCGCCCAAUCGCGAAAUCAGUGGCUUUACAAUUCUAAUACGACGCUCGUCUCACCAAGCCGGUUCCCUCGUCUCGGCCUUGUCCGGAUCGGGAUGUACUCCGGCUCCUGCGUCUCUUACAAGAUUCGUUGCUCGGGACUCCGUAUUGCACGCACUAUCUAAGAUAACGUCCGCAGCACGAGUGCAGGAUCCUGGAUCCUGCGGGGGCCGCUCGGCAACGCGCCCCACCUUGCCUCCGAUACGCCGGGCCCUUAUUGGCCGCGAUUUUCCAAAAUCGAUUUUCGCGCAACGCGCGGCGUGCACGCUGUCACUGGCUGAUCGAUCCAAGCGCGAUGAUCGAUACUGUUGGGCCCCGUGCACCAGAGUUUUGACGCUUUCUUCUGCGGCAGAUUCUUCUUUCCUUGCCGGGCGCAUCCAGGGCGUU